AUGCCUUCAGAAACCACGAAUGCCGGCAUCGUCACGGAUGAAGGCAGCGGGGAGAGGCAUAUUCCCGAGUCUGUCCGCGCCGAUGGAAGCACUCGAAAAGCCAUCAAGAUUCGUCCCGGUUAUCGCCCACCUGAGGAUGUUGAGGUGUAUAAGAACCGUACCGUCGAAGCAUUUCGCGAGCGAGGUCGGAAAGUAGGCAUUCCCGGGGCCGCUGGGCUACAGCAGCAAGCGGAGCAAGGCUCAUCUGCCGCCACCAACAAAAAUGCCAAGCGACGGGAAGCUCGAAAGAAGGCCAGGGUUGCUGGGGAAAACGAUUCUGCUGUGAGCAGCAAACCAACACCAACCGAAGCACCAAAGACCGAGGAGGUCGACCCAGAUGUUGAACGGGAGAGAAAGGCACGAAAUCUGAAAAAGAAGUUGAAGCAGGCAAAGGAGCUAAAGAACAAAAAGGACGAUGGGGAGACUCUUUUGCCAGAGCAGAUUGCCAAGGUGAUCAAAAUAAACGAGCUGAUUCGAGAAUUGAGCGCGCUGGGCUUGGAUGCUGAGGGCGAAGCCAAAACAUUGUCAUCUGCCGAGCCCUCGUAA